AACCCACCCCUCCUCCUCCCCUCCGCCAUUUCCACCCCCUUCCAAUGCCGCGGCAGCAGUAGGCCCCGCCCCGCCGCCGCGCCCUCCCCCUCCUCCCGCGAUGGCCCUCUCCCGCGCCGCGGCGCUCCGCCUCCCGCUCCCGCGCCUCCUCCGCGGGCCCUCCGCCUCCCUCAUCGCCGCCGCCGGGGCCGCCUCCCGCCGCCGCGCCGCCGCGGGGCCCGCGCCCGCCCUCCGCUUCCUCUGCGCCGCCCCCUCCCCCUCCUCCUCGCGCUCCGGGAAGUCCGUCCCCCGCGCGCGCCGCCGCGACGGCGACAACGACGGGGAUGGGGCCGCCGUGACCAAGGAGCGGAUUGUGCAGGUGGAGCUCCACAAGGAGGCCACCGACGCGUACAUGUCUUACGCCAUGUCCGUGCUGCUCGGCCGCGCCCUCCCCGACGUCCGCGACGGGCUCAAGCCGGUGCACCGCCGGAUACUCUAUGCAAUGCAUGAAAUGGGCCUUGCAUCUCGUAAGCCAUACAGAAAAUGUGCCAGAGUCGUUGGUGAGGUACUCGGUAAAUUCCAUCCUCAUGGAGAUUCAGCCGUCUAUGAAACUUUAGUGCGAAUGGCUCAGGACUUUUCAAUGAGGUACCCACUUGUUCAAGGACAUGGUAACUUUGGUUCAAUAGAUUCCGAUCCUCCCGCUGCAAUGCGAUACACAGAGUGCCGCUUGGAUCCAUUAACAGAAGCCAUGUUCCUGACUGAUUUGGAGCUGAAUACAGUUGACUACAUUCCGAACUUUGAUAAUUCACAGAAAGAACCAUCUCUGUUGCCAGCUCGUGUUCCAUCACUACUGUUGAAUGGAUCUUCUGGAAUUGCAGUUGGAAUGGCGACAAAUAUCCCUCCCCACAAUCUGGGAGAACUUGUUGAUGCGCUCUCUGCUAUAAUUCAAAACCCUGAUGCUACGCUCCAAGAACUACUGGAAUACAUGCCUGGUCCUGACUUUCCUACAGGAGGGAUACUCAUGGGAAAUGAUGGUAUUUUGGAGGCCUAUAGAACUGGGCGUGGUCGAAUUGUGAUGAGAGGCAAAACCGUCAUGGAAACAAUUGAUGAGAAAACCAAGCGCACGGCUAUCAUAAUUAAUGAGGUUCCGUACCAGACAAAUAAAUCUACUCUAGUCCAAAGGAUAGCUGAGCUUGUUGAAGACAAGGUGUUAGAAGGCAUCAGUGAUAUUCGGGAUGAAAGCGACCGUGCUGGAAUGCGUGUAGUUAUCGAGGUGAAAAGAGGUGCAAAUCCUGCCAUUGUCCUGAACAACCUGUAUCGUCAUACAGCAUUGCAGUCUAGUUUUAGCUGCAACAUGGUAGCUAUUCUUGAUGGGCAUCCAAAACUGAUGGGACUGAAGGAAAUUCUUCAGGCGUUCCUUGACUUCAGAUGCUCUGUUAUUGAAAGGCGUGCAAAGUUUAAGCUUUCACAAGCUCUAGAAAGAAAGCAUAUUGUGGAGGGCAUUGUCAUUGGUCUUGACAAUUUAGAUGCUGUAAUUCAAGUGAUAAGAGAAACAUCAAAUCACACCGUGGCAAAGGAAGCUUUAGCAAAAGAAUAUGGUCUAUCUGAGAAGCAAGCAGAAGCACUUUUGGACAUUACACUUAGGAAACUUACUUCCCUUGAGCGGAAGAAGUUUAUUGAUGAAGCUAAUUCAUUGUCGGAGAGCAUUUCAAAGUUAAAUGAGCUCCUGUCAAGCAAGAAACUUAUGUUUCAGCUUAUCGAACAAGAAGCAGCUGAUUUAAAGAGCAAAUUUGCUACCCCACGACGUUCUUUCCUAGAAGAUUCAGCAAACGGUGAAGUUGAUGAUAUGGAUGUUAUUCCUAACGAAGAAAUGCUUUUGAUUCUUAGCGAGAAAGGCUAUCUUAAGCGGAUGAAUCCUAACACCUUCAAUUUACAAAACCGGGGGACAAUUGGAAAAUCUGUUGGAAAGAUGCGAACGAAUGACAAUAUGUCGGAUUUCAUUGUCUGCCAAACACAUGACCAUGUUCUUUAUUUCAGUGACAAGGGGAUAGUAUACUCUGAACGUGCUUAUAAGAUACCUGAAUGCACAAGAGUUGCUGCUGGGACUCCAUUAGUACAGCUGCUCAAUUUGUCUGAUGGGGAGAGAAUAACCUCCAUUGUUCCUGUGAAUAAAUUUGUUGAAGACCAAUAUUUAGUGAUGCUGACUGUUAACGGCUAUAUCAAGAAAGUUCCUCUUAAUGCCUUCGCAUCAAUCAGGUCAACAGGAAUCAUUUCAAUGCGCCUGGUUCCCGGCGACGAGCUCAAGUGGGUCCGUCUCUGUAGGGAUGACGACCUUGUUGCUUUGGCUUCACAAAGCGGGAUGGUUAUAGUCAACACAUGCAACAGGCUUCGUCCGCAUGGAAGAACUACAAGAGGUAUGGGUGCAAUGAGGCUAAAGGAAGAUGACAAGAUGGCAGCCAUGGAUAUAAUUCCAUCCACAACCCAUACAAUGCCUGGAAAAACUGUCAGCAGGGUCAGAGACUUGAGUCCUCCAUGGCUGCUCUUCAUAGCUGAAAAUGGUUAUGGGAAGCGUGUGCCCCUAAAUGCUUUCCGUCAAUCAAGCUUCAAUAGAGUAGGCUUGCGAGGCUACAAGCUUCCAGAAGAUUGCCGCUUAGCUGCUGUGUUUGUCGUUGGGGAACCGACUGAUGACGAUGCAAGUGAGGAGCAGGUUGUUUUAGUUAGCCAUGGUGGCACUGUAAACAGAAUCAAGGUCAAAGAUAUAUCCAUCCAGGGUCGUGCGGCAAAGGGAGUAAUUCUGAUGAGGCUGGAGCAUGCUGGGAAGAUCCAGUCAGCUUCACUGAUAUCAGCCACAGCCACGGAAGAGAUCUUGGAAGAUUGAUUCAGCUUACGUUACAAGAAGGAAGAAGUAGAUUCUGCUGGUUGGUGUUGCAUUCCAAGCUGGGGAGAGCUGCAAAUUUUGUUAUGUUGGGUGGCUCAUGCUGUUCUCCAGUAGAAGCUAGGAAUGACGCUGGUUUGACGCUGAUUCGGCGGGGUAGAAGAGUAGAGCUCUGGUUGCCAUUAACGUGUGUCUAGAAACUGAUGUACUCAUCAUGCCAUUAGCAGUCGAUGUAAAUCUUGCACGCUGGGUUGCAAAAUUUGCUUCUCUGGUCAGAGACUUCUCUGGUCAGAGAGACCCCUUCUGUUAUCAGUGCUCUAAUCCCACUUGGCCAGUGAUGCCUUUUUUU